CCAACAAACGACAAGAUCAACAUACUCAAGCUCUAGAUCACUUCCAACUCUAGCUCACUCUGCAGUCUUAUGGAUCACUUCGAUUCCUUCGGGUCAACGGGCAUGGAUGCUGUCUGGAUGGGGUCUUGCGGCUGGCCGGCGGCCUCGGCGACGAGCGGGGAGCAGGAGGCGGUGGACCUCCGGAGAGGGCCGUGGACGAUGGAGGAGGACGCGCUCCUGGCCGGCCACAUCGCCAAGCACGGCGAGGGCCGGUGGAACGAGCUGGCCUGCGCCGCGGGGCUGAGGCGCACGGGGAAGAGCUGCCGGCUCCGGUGGCUCAACUACCUCCGCCCCGACGUCCGCCGCGGCGACUUCACCCCGCAGGAGCAGCUGCUCAUCCUGGAGCUCCACUUCCGGUGGGGCAACCGCUGGUCCAGGAUCGCGCGGGAGAUGCCGGGCCGGACGGACAACGAGAUCAAGAACUACUGGCGGACCAGGGUGCAGAAGCACGCCAAGCAGCUCAAGUGCGACGUCGACAGCCGCCAGUUCCGGGACGUCAUGCGGCACCUAUGGAUGCCCCGCCUAGUCGAGAGGAUCCAGGCCGCCGCCACCGCCGCCACGCCCGCGCCGAUCCUGGAACACGCGCCGUCGCCCAUGUACCAUUCGCCUGAAACGACGACGGUGACCACGUCGAGCACGGCUGGUUCAUCGGUGUCUCUCGAGGUGCAGUUCCCGUCCAACCAGCUUGUCAUGACCGUCGGCAGUGCGACGAACUGGUCAGGCGCAGGCAGCGAGCAGUGCGGCAGCGCCAGCGCGAGGAGCGAUGACAUGUUCGACGGGAGCUGGUCGGAGCUCCUCGCUCGUGCGUGCGACGACGGCGCCGACUCUGUGGUGUUCCCCAACUUUGAAUUAGGAGAAUCCAGAGACGACAAGUGGAGCUUGGAAGACAUCUGGUUACAGCACCAGUACUGAACUACUGAUCAAUUAGAAGUACUGUGCUACGUCAGCUUCCUCGAUUUAUUAACGACCAGGUUUAUUGUAUU